AUGAACGUGACGCCAAGAGUUUGUAAAUCACAUGCAAUUUUUGGUCGUAGUAUAGUGAACUAUCUAUCUCGACCUUAUUUAAACCUGAACAUUUUUUACGAAGAUGGUUCGAAGUUCUCUGCAAUCUCUCACCAGUUUAAAGAAGCAAAAGACAAAGUAGGAUCUUUAACUCAAGAUCCAGGGAAUGAAUUGAAGUUAAAGAUGAACGCCCUUUUUAAGCAGGGUUCUUUAGGCAAAUGUAAUACACCAAAGCCUGGGACUUUGGACUUUGUUGGAAAGGCAAAAUGGAAUGCAUGGAACGAUUUGGGUGAUUUAUCACAGGUAGAUGCACAAAAACAGUGUAUAGCACUUGUGGAAUCUUUACUAGGUGAUUUUGAACUUUGCUGUGUAUUAUAA